CGUAGGGCGCUGCGAUCCUCGCUGCCGUCCUCUACGGGGAGGUAGACGCAACUGCAGUGCAGUCUCGCUGCCGCCACCGCCCAGCAUGCAUGCCGACGCCAUUGGCACUACUCAUCCAUGAGGACCAAGCCCCCGACCUUCUCGGUCACCACCGCGUCGCAGCUCCACAACGCCAUCGACCGCCUCCUCCCGCUGCUCCGCGCCGACGCCGCCCACGCCCCGGCCGCGCGCGCGCUGGCCGCGGCCGCCGCCUCGCUCCCGCCCUCCACGCUGCUCUUCAACCGCCUCCUCCACCUCCUCUCCUCCAACGCCGUCUCCCUCCCCGACGCCCUCACCCUCCUCUCCUCCAUCCCGAGCCCCGACCGCUGCUCCUACAACACCCUCGUCUCCGCGCUCUCCCGCUCGCCGCGCCACCUCGCCUCCGCGCGCGCGCUGUUCGACCGAAUGCCCCACCGGGACCACUUCUCCUGGUCCGCCAUCGUCUCCGCCUACUCGCGCCACGGCCGGCCCCUUGACGCGCUCGCGCUCUACCGCCGGAUGCAGGAGGAGCCCCGGAGCGCCGGCGCUGACAACCAGUUCAGCGCGUCCAGCGCGCUCGCCGCCGCCACCGCGGCCCGGUGCGCCCGCGCGGGCAGGGAGCUGCACUGCCACGUGGCCAGGAGAGGGAUCGGCGCGGGCGAUGCCGUCAUGUGGAGCGCGCUCGUGGACAUGUACGCCAAGUGCGGCCGGUUGGAAGACGCCAGGAGGGUGUUCGACGGGAUGCCGCUCCGGGACGUUGUCUCCUGGACGGCGAUGGUGGAGAGGUACUUUGACGCCGGGCGCGCCGGGGAAGGAUUCAGGCUGUUCCUCCAGAUGCUGAGAACCGGAGGUGUUCGACCGAAUGAGUUCACCUACGCGGGGGUUCUGCGUGCUUCCGCAGAGCUUGCCAUCGAGAGCCUCGGGAGGCAGGUGCAUGGUCGAAUGUCAAAGAGCAGCAUCGGAGACUCGUGCUUUGCAGAGAGCGCGCUCCUGCACAUGUACUCCAAGUGCGGGGACAUGGCCAGUGUGGUGCGUGUAUUCGAGGGGAUGCCAAAGGUAGACCUGGUGUCCUGGACGGCGAUGAUCUCUGGCUAUGCACAGAAUGGUCAGCCAGAGGAGGCGUUCCGCUACUUCGACAUGUUCUUAAGGUCAGGAAUUAGGCCUGAUCAUGUCACGUUUGUUGGUGUUCUCUCUGCGUGUGCUCAUGCUGGUCUGGUCAACAAAGGUAUGGAGGUCUUCCAUUUGAUAGAGGAUAAGUAUGGCAUUGGACACACCCCUGAUCAUUAUGCUUGCGUGAUCGAUCUACUCAGCCGAUCGGGCCAGUUUGAACGGGCAGAGGAGAUGAUCAACAAGAUGGCUGUCAAGCCUAACAAGUUCCUAUGGGCAUCCUUGCUUGGUGGCUGCCGGAUUCACAAGAAUGUCCGCUUAGCUAGGCGGGCAGCGGAAGCGUUGUUCGAAAUAGAACCUGAAAAUCCAGCGACGUAUGUUACUCUCGCUAAUAUUUAUGCAUCGGUUGGUCUGUUUGAUGAAGUUGAGGGUGUAAGAAAGAUCAUGGAGACAAAGGGCAUAACGAAAAUGCCGGCCUCAAGUUGGAUUGAAGUUGGAAGAAGGGUGCAUGUAUUUCUGGUCGGUGAUAAGUCGCAUCCUCGAACUGAAGAAAUAUAUGCGCUUCUGAAGAAGCUGUAUGGGAAAAUGAGGGAAGAAGGGUAUGUAGCGGACACCGGAUUUGUUCUGCAUGAUGUCGAAGAUGAGCAAAAGGAGCAUGACAUUGGCUACCACAGUGAACGACUUGCUGUUGCAUUUGGGAUCAUUGCUACUCCUGAGGGUUCCCCUAUCAAGAUUUUCAAGAAUCUGCGGAUCUGUGGGGACUGUCACACUGCUAUUAAGCUCAUAUCGCAGAUUACUCGGAGAGAGAUCAUCGUAAGGGACUCGAAUAUAUUUCAUCACUUCAAGAACGGGGUUUGUUCUUGCAGAGAUUAUUGGUAAUCUAUGCUGCAUAUGUGGAUUGGUUUGACUUCUGAUAUAGGCAACUAUUAUUCAUUUUUUCAUGGCUAAAGUCGAUGUGCAGCAUCUAUUGAUUUAGCAGCUGGUGUCGUAUGAGGCUAUUGCAAUGCCAGACUCCAAGAGAUUGUCCUUAUCAAGCUGCUAUUAGGAAAAUGGCCUCCAAGUUUUGUAGCUCCAGUACCUUGGACAAUUUUUCUCCUCUGUUCAAAGGUUAAGUUAUAUACGUACAUGUUUGCUUUCUUGUAUUAACAUAUCUUGUAAAGAUGAGCAUUUUGUACAACUGGUUUGCUAGAAAUGAUCAACCAACAAAAACCUUGUCUUUGUUUGGCAAAUCAGAAGGAAAUCAUACUUCAUAAA